AUGAGCUAUGGGAAGAGAGAGUCCGAGACUAAGGGAAACUUUAUCAAGGGAACCUACUUCUUCGCCAACGGAUCCAAGUACCAAGGGCAGCACUCCAAGGAUAUGUUCCACGGCAAGGGCAAGUACUGGUUUCCCAACGGGUCCGUGUACAGCGGCAGCGUGAGGAAGGGGAGGCUGGAAGGGGAGGGGGUGCUGCUGUUUCCCGAUGGUGACGAGUACCAAGGAGUCUGGCAGCGCGAUCACUUUCAUGGGAAGGGAGUAUACCGCAGCAGGUGGGGGGACUGGUACGAAGGAACGUUUGCGGAGGGAGGAAAGGACAAGUUGGGGUCGAGAGGAGAGGAGGGAGCAGGGAAAGGACUGGCUUCGCUGACUGAUGGUGAUGUGUAUUACGGGUCUUUCAACGCUGGUGUGCCCGACGGUAAAGGGAACGUGCUGUUUGCCGAUGGAGGCAUGUUGGAGGCGACCUUCGAGCAUGGGAAAUGCGUGGGGAGACGAACGUUUGCCAACGGUGAUGUGUACGAAGGAGAGUUCAGGAUGAAUGAGUCGCAUGGCGAGGAAAGCUUCACAUUCAGGGACGGGAAAAGCUACGUUGGGGAGUUUGAUGAGGACAUGUACCAUGGGAAGGGGUUGUGGACUUGCCAUACCGACUCCACAGCAUGGAGUGCGGGGAGCAGCUACGAGGGGGAGUGGGUGUGCGGGAGGAGGGAGGGGAUGGGAAAAGUACACUUAUCGGGAGGAAACGGCAUCUACAGCGGGGAGUUCUUCCUGGACCUGCGGCAUGGGAAGGGAGCGAUGAGAUAUGACUACGGGGGCGUCUACGAAGGAGAAUGGAAGCUGGGGAGGAGAGAGGGGAGGGGGACGGAAGUUUUUAUCUCGGGGGGAGAUGUACUUCUCCUCUGCUGGGUACAUCGAUCCUCUCCCCCCCAGCUCGUUAGGAUGCACGUCCCCCCUGCUGAGAGCAACUGA